GUUUUACGCAAGGCUUUUUCUUGACUUUCUCACCUGUCUUCAGACGACUUUUGCUCCAGAAUAGUGACACUCGCGGACGACUACUUUCAAGUCUGAUCAGAGGCAUCGACAUCAACAAGAGACAUGGAUAACAGUCCUGGAGGUGGAGUCAUCCUGUAUGCAGGGUCCUCCGGAAGUUCAAGCCCGAGUCCAGGUAGCCCCUCUAGUGGCUACCAGACGCAGUCCCCGUCUUCACACUCCCAGCCCUCCUCUCCAGAGGAGGUUACCUUCACAGAGAUCGGGCCAUUUAAACAGCGGGCCAGUGGUUGCACCACCCCAUCCUCCAAACUGGUGUUCCAGUUCCCAGAGGUCUACAGUAACCCCUCAGCAGCAGCAGCCACUCCACAGCAUACCUAUGCACACCCCAUCGCGGGAAAGAGGCCAUGCGGGUUCACGGGAACGUUCACAAAGACGGGAGGAAUGGUCCUGCUUUGCAAAGUCUGUGGGGACAUCGCAUCUGGUUUCCACUAUGGAGUACAUGCAUGUGAGGGUUGCAAGGGUUUUUUCCGCCGCAGCAUCCAGCAGAACAUCAACUACAAGAUGUGUGUGAAGAACGAGAACUGUCUGAUCAUGCGCAUGAACCGAAACCGGUGCCAGCAUUGCCGCUUCAAGAAAUGCCUCUCUGUUGGCAUGUCAAGAGAUGCUGUGCGCUUUGGCCGCAUCCCUAAGAGAGAGAAGCAGCGACUUCUGGACGAGAUGCAGAGCUACAUGAACAGCCUAAAUGAGUCGGCUGCCAUCGAAAUGGACUCCCCGCCUGUGAGGGACUCUCCCCCGAGCAUGGAAGAAGGCAACUCAAAAGAGGCCAUCGGGGCCAUCUCCAGAGCGUACCGUGACAUCUUCACAAGCAGCAGCCAGGAGAGACCAGCCAAGAGGGCAAACGUUACCAUCACCACUAACAACAACAACAACAACACAACACACUUUUCUCAGGAUGCCAGUUUUCAGCAAGUCUCCUCUCACCCCACCUCCUCCCAGAGUUAUCAGUCCUGCCCUGUUGCCACUCAAUGCCCGGUUGCCCCCAAUGACAACCAACAUACAUUCCAAAAUGUGGACAACAAUCGCUAUACCUACUUAGUGUCUAAUCAGAAUCAUGAUCAGUCCAACAACACAACACGUCAGGGCUCUGCCAACCACAACAGUGUUCGCACUGCAGGAAGUACCCAAAAUCAGCCCUCCUGCCCAUGGAAAUUAGCUCCAGGAGCUAAAGUGCUGGCCUGUCCUCUCAAUGCGUGGCCCGUGUCAGGGGCAGAGCGCACGAGUCAGGAGAUUUGGGAGUCCUUCUCUCAGUGUUUCACUCCUGCUGUCAAGGAGGUGGUAGAGUUUGCCAAGGGGAUCCCAGGAUUUCAAGAGCUUAGCCAACAAGACCAGGUCAUGCUGCUCAAAUCAGGCACCUUCCAGGUUCUGAUGGUGAGAUUCUGCACCUUGUUCAAUGCUGAGGAGCGCACAGUGACCUUUCUGAAUGGACAAACCUACCCCCUGUCCACCCUGCGGACCUUGGGCAUGGGCUCUCUGCUGGACGCAAUGUUCGACUUCAGUGAGAAACUAGGCUCCCUUCGGCUGGAGCCUGAUGAGAUGGCCCUCUUUAUGGCUGUGGUGCUGGUCUCUGCAGACCGUUCUGGCAUCUCCGACAUGCGGGCUGUGGAGCAGCUACAGGAGGGUCUGAUCCGUGCCUUGCGGUCACUGAUCACCCGCCGUCGCCCAGAUGACUCCGCCCUCUUCCCCAAGCUCCUCUUGCGCCUGCCGGACCUGCGCACUCUCAACAAUAUGCACUCUGACAAACUGUUGGCCUUUCGCAUCGACCCUUGAGUGGACCACUUCCUUGCCAAGCACAGAUAUAUGAACUGUUAUGCACAAAAAUAUAGACCACACACACACACACACACACAUACAGAUAUUAUCUUCCAAGGGCAGGACUUCCUUGAAAAUUUAGGAAGAUGGAAUUGUGCAAUCUGAUGAGUAUUGUUCAGAAGGGUAAAUGAGGACAGUGGCGAGCACAUUUUUGAUCCGUUAUUGAUCUUCAUACAAUGUUUUAGGAUAAAUAAACAUACACACACAAACUCAUGUAUACACAUUAACCUCAGCAGCUCUUAAGAGACAUUGUUCCAUUAAAAAAAACUAAAUAAAUUAACGUGUAGAGUUACUAUUAUCCUUUUGGACAAAUCAUUUGUGCUAUCGUUCAUUUUAUCCAGUGUACUUAAGAUCUAAAGCCAGUUCACUUCUCUUUAUUCCUUUACUCGUACAGUAUCAACAAGCCAUGACUAAGCAGCAGCUGAAAGACGGAUAUUGUAGCUCCAAACUGUUAUUACUUAGGGACCAUAAGUGAUGAUUGACUAUAUGUCAGUUUGUGUUUAAGAGAAAGGGAACCUGUAUAUACAACAUAGCGAAAUCUGAACUUUUAAGGUAAUUGUGUAUCAUUGUUGUGUCACAAACAUACCAUCUGCAUCAGUACUGGAAUGAGACCACUAUGUUAAUGUGUCACUUGUACACAGUAGGAUGAAUUCUGUCUCGAUAUUUUUGACUGAUCUUCCAGAACACAUUUGGCACACCUUGGGUUUAAAUAUGCCAACUUUGUGAGUUAAAGGCAUUUAAAAUAUUUUUCACAAAAACUUUGUGUCUAAGUCACUAUAACGUAUCACAUCUGGACUGAUGGAGACGCUCCAUGCAUGUUGGGUUUUGUAGUUCCUUUGUUUAUUUUUGUUGCUGUAAAUAUUAUGUUACCCCAAUGUUUAUGUAUCAGUGACUGAACUUAUAUGAUGGAUCGGACAGUUGAGUUCGGUGUAAAGAAGAAUGUAUUGACCUUCCUGUUAUAGGUGGGGGUUUGGCCAUGCCAAGGGGGCUUUGCACAGGAGAAUAUAAAGUUGGGAUUCUCAGACGGUUUAGACACACUUCCUGCUAUCAGAUGAUGUAACCAACCAGCAUAAUCCCUGAAAUCACCAGCACUCACUCCACACGCACCCUUCCUCUACCCCCAAUGUUUGUCAUACAAACUCAAGAGAUAUUUUUGGGUGAGAGUUCCUAUUUGAUUGGUUCUCUCACUGUUUGCUUGUUUGAUUAAGGCUGAUUAAGGACAUCUUGUACAUUUUGUAAAUCUUUGUUCCUAUAUAGAAAUGAUAUAAAGUUCAAAUUAUGUAUUA